CCACUCUCCCACAACUCUCUUCUAAAAUUCCAAAACAUUCCAAAAUGGUCCCUUUAAAUUAAAAAUAUUAAUUCAUAAAGCCCUUGCUCCCCCUUCUUCUCUUUGUUUUCUCUCUUAUUUCAUCUUCUUCUUCUCGUUUGCUCCCAUUUGUUUAGCUUGUUCCUUUUCCUUUCUUUUUAAGCCUUAAAAAUUCUAUCUUUGCAUACUAUUCAAGAUAAAAAUCGCACCUUUGAGCUUUCUUUUCUCUCAAUGGUGAACCCUGGCACACCGAAAAGGACGGCGGCGUCUGCCGGUGGUGGAAACCUCCCGGUAUCACCGCCAUCAAGAAGGCGUCGCCUUGCUGAAGAGGCCUUGGAGUUGGGUUGGAAGGUGGGGAGACUUACCAAGCCCUUUGAGCAUGUCGGCGUCGUUGGAUUGUUCAGCCUCGCACUGUUUCUUGUCUUGCUUCUGUUCUGUUGGCUUUUGCCUAAUUACUGGUCUUUUGCGCCGGGCUCCAACGGCGGUGAUGGAGGGAAGAGUUGGGGAUUAGGUGUAGAGAUCAAAGGCGGAGGAGGAGGUGGUGGUGGUGGUGAUGUUGGUGGUGCGGGUGAGGAGUGUGAUUGGUUUGAUGGGGAGUGGGUGUGGGAUGAGAAGUAUCCGCUAUAUGAAUCUAAAGAUUGUGGGUUGUUGGAUGAGGGUUUCAAGUGCUCGGAGUACGGAAGGCCUGAUCGGUUCUACACUCAUUGGCGCUGGCAACCCAAGCAUUGCAAUCUCCCCAGGUUCAAUGCGAAAAAGAUGCUGAAAAAACUACGGAACAAAAGACUAGUAUUUGUAGGUGACUCGAUUGGAAGGAACCAAUGGGAAUCCCUCCUAUGCAUGCUUUCCUCUGCUGUCCCUGAUAAGAGCUCUAUCUAUGAAGUUAACGGCAGCCCGAUCACGAAACACAAAGGCUUCUUGGUGUUCAAGUUCAAGGAUUAUAACUGCACUGUGGAGUACUACAGGGCCCCUUUUCUGGUGGUUCAGGGCAGAUCACCUGCAGGAGCGCCGGAGAAGGUGAAGACCACACUGAGAUUGGACAUUAUGGAUUGGACAUCCAAGCAAUGGAGAGAUGCUGACAUUUUAAUCUUCAACACUGGUCACUGGUGGAACUAUGAGAAGACUAUCAGAGGGGGGUGCUAUUUCCAAGUUGGCAACAAGGUUAUGUUCAAAAUGAGUGUAGAUAGUGCUUAUCAGAGAGCAAUUGCAACAUUGUUUGAUUGGAUUCAUAGAGAAGUUAAUAAAAAUAAAACUCGCGUCUUUUUCCGCUCAUAUGCUCCUGUCCAUUUCAGAGGCGGGGACUGGAAGAAUGGUGGGAGCUGUCACUUGGAGACACUCCCGGAGUUGGGAGCGUCUCCGCUGUCAUUGAAACCAUGGGCUCAUCUAUUAGAACCAUUCAAGAAUUUAACAUCAGCUGUGGCUCCAAUGCCGGCAGUCGAAUUCCUGAAUGUAACACAGAUGACAGCUCGGCGGAAAGAUGGCCAUCUAUCGCUAUACUAUCUUGGCCCAAAUUCCCCUGCCCCGGUCCACCGGCAGGACUGUAGCCAUUGGUGCUUGCCGGGGAUUCCUGAUACAUGGAAUGAGCUUCUCUAUGCCCAAUUCUUCAGACGAAAAUUCAUGAUUCAUCAAGCAUAACUUGCAGUUCUUGAUACAUGGGAAUGAGCUCCUCUUUGUCGGAAUCUAAAGGCGGGAAUUCAUGAUUUUUUAAGCUUAACCGCUUCAAUACAUUUGAACUGCAGAAAUAUUCCAUCAGAAUUGCUCCCAAGAAUGAGAGCAAGGAAGUAUGGUACCAGAGUUUUGGUUAGAACUGGUGAUACAAUAGCGAAAUGCUAGUAAAAUGCCUACUGUAAAUAACUUAGCCUGUGACUGCAUUUUAGGACAAAGUCCACUAUAUGAAGGAACAUCAUAUACUGCUAGUUACAUUGUUAUGGACUAAAUUUCAAUCUUUUUUACUUGUUUGAUGAAGAAGAAUAUUAAUUCUGGUAAAUAUAUUGUCUGUUAGGAUCCAUUUGUUGUUAUUGAAACUCAUAAAUAUUUGUUUACAGUGAAUUGAAUGGAGCACUGAUUGUUUAGCUA